AUGUGUGCGCCUCAAUACAACACGUGCGAGUUAAGUGAUCGAGUAUUGGUGUUUGAUAUCAUGUCAGAUGACUGGGAAACGGCGACCAUUCUCAACAGUGUUACAGCCACUGAAGCUGACGAUGAAAUGCCUGCUAGUGUCUCACUAGAAAACUCAAGCAUCAAGCGAAGUUUGGAAGAGACGGAGGAACCACAACUGAAGAGGAUUAAGACAAGUACAGAAAAGCAAGACAUGAAAUCUUUCGAAAUGACGGCGCAAUAUGAAUCCGGAAAUCAAAACGAAAGCGGAAACUUUCAAGAAUGCGAACAGGCAGAAAAUGAGAUUCAAGAAUUAGCCUGCGAACAGGCAGAAAAUAAACAGAUUGGAAGCCCAUCCUCGCAGGAACUCCCAGGUGAAAAAUCCGCAUCACCAUAUCCACCAUCAAGCAUUCAGAGGCGCGACCCACUACGGCAGCACAAGAUCUACAUACACAGUCUCUGGCUUUCCGUACAAAGUACAUAUUUUCGAUCACUUCUACACUCGAGUGGCAUGAAAGAAACACAUGAUGCAGAAGUUCAUAUCAAAAUCCCAGAAUCAGAAGAAAAUGCACAUUUAAACCUUCUUGAGGCUAUGUACCAUGGUGAUAUAUUGAACGAUAAAACUGUGGACGAACUGCUCGCUGUUUUAGAGUUGGCUGAUAAAUAUGAUGUAAAGUUUGUAUUUAAAAUAUGCAAAUAUAUCCUGCAAAAGAAUGCUACUACAUUUGGAAUCAGCACAAAAAUAAUGCAUGUGAUUAAAGUGAAACAUAAUAUGAACGAUGUUGAAGAUUUGGCCGAAACUUUACAGCUGGUCCUUGCCAGGGCGUUUAGUCCUUUAGAUCAAAACUGGCAGUCUAAGAAAUUUGCUAAUCUUUCAGAACCUUCUCUGAAGUAUUUACUUAGCAGUAAUGAUUUGAUUGUCGUAUCAGAGAAUACCGUGUUUCAUGCUUUGAUGCACUGGAUAGAACAAAAUGCAGUAGAUCCUGGUAGUUUGGAAGAGACCAAUGAUCUCCUGUCUGUUGUACGGUUCAAGUUAAUUACAAUUGACUAUCUUUACAACGUGAUUAAGAACCAUCCAAUUGCAACAAAAAUGCCACAAUUCAACCAGCUGUUUCUAGAUGGAAUGAUUUAUCAUGCAAUACCUUCAGAGCAAAAGAAGAUGUUGAGAGAACAGCCUGUACAACGAAAGAAAUCUGAAGGAAAAGUGUUUGUGCACACUUAUUUAUUAAAUAAAGAACGUUUUUAUGGUCUAAAUGAAAAAUUAGUCGCCAAUCUCCAUCUUGAAGCAUUUUGGGCAUGUGGAUACAAGAUGAGUAUAAUUCUAAUUAAAGCCGAGAAUAAUCGUUAUUAUUAUCCACACCUCACUAUUCACAACUUGAACCUAGAAAGUUUAAUUCCUCUAAAAUGUUUAGUUGUGGAAACUAAGACCUCGUCCAGUAAUUUACAGGAAGAAACUUUCACAUUAUUCUCUUGCCGAAAAAAAUUUACGCUGCCGAUUUCACCAAAAGAUUUUAAUACACUUCAAACAUGCACGUUACAUGUAGCAGUAGCACCAUUGUAA